ACCUCCUCCAGAAUUCAAUUCAAUCUCUUCCUCUCAGCUCAGAAAUGAGAGCUGCAAAGAGUGAAGAGGCUUCCAUGGGCAUGCUAAAGACAGACCUCAUUACUCCAAACAGCCUGCAAGAGGUAAAAACAGGUACAAAGCUCCAAGGAAAAUGUCUGAGAAUCAUCUCUGUUGAGUCUCCUGUUAAGCUUUACUGCUGCUAUGGAGUGAUGGCUGUUCUCUUUGCAGCUGUACUUUCACUUUCUGUUGCUUUGAAAUUACGGAAAUGGAGACCAGUCACAGAGAAGUGUGGACCUUGCUAUGACACCUGCCCAAAAGACUGGAUUGGAUUUGGAAGUAAAUGUUUUCAUUUUUAUGAAGACAUGAUAAACUGGACAUCCAGCCAGACCUCCUGCAUGGAACUAGAGGCCCAUCUAGCUAUAUUUGAGAGCAUAGAGGAGCUGAUGGAGACCUUAAAGCUGAAGCAAACCCAAAGCUCCUCCCCUUCUGUGUUAGCCUUUGCAGCCACAGUACACACUGCCAAGCACUACAGCUGCAUGGUGCCAGCUACAGCUCGAUCCCACCGGGAGAGGUUUUUUUCUCUGCAGACCUCCAAACCCACAGCUGCUACUUGCAGGACAAGUGCUGCUGAUCACAGAAGAGACAAACUCACUGCUGCCACCAUUUCCGCCCGGUUGAGCAGCGCCAUCCAAGUCAUCCGCUGGUAUCCGGAACCCGGCUAUGGCCCUGCAGCUGAACACUGUGUCAUCUCAACCAUCAUACUGCGCCACCUGCUGGUCAAACAGUUACUGCAGCUGGAUGGCAACUGCAGUACAG